CAAAAUCAAAGAAAAUGUGAAUGGAAUGUGAAGAUUGUCCGCCCUCUCUAACCCCUCCCAAAGAAAACAGUGGCACUGUGAGUGAUCCGCUCCGCGCACAGCGCACUGCUAGUUGGUAAAGGAGUGGCGGCGGGAGCUCGCGCCGCUCUGAACGCGAAACUGUCGCUGACCUUGGUGCUGAAAUCCAUUCACCUGCUUCUAAAGCUACUUAACUGUCGCUUUACACCGAACAAGUGACGGUACGAGACCAGGAAUUGGUCACCUUUUAAUUUUUUUCCUCUUAAUUAACCAUACGUCGUUUUUGUCAAUCCGAUUUUGUUUUUUAACUCCGUCAAUUUGAAGCGAAGAUAAAUUCGUUGACUCAAAUCUGAGAUGGCAUCGCGUGCUGUUAUCGCGCGCAGGGCAGUUUAUGAGUUUAUAAUUAUGAGUAGACAGAGCCAGACCACUUCUGAUAUCUCUCGUGUGUAGGCGGGUUUUUUUUUUCUUCGCUCUGUGAACACCGUCGUGAAUUUUCCUCAUCUGUCUCACUGAAUCACUGAUCCGCUGGGUAUCGGUCCGGUAUGCUCUGUCAUCUCACACUGUGACAUGGUACUUUAACAUUACCGGGAAAACGAGGGAUUAUCACAUUUGGACAUGGAGACUCCGAGGGAGCCUGGUUUUAAGCCCAGCAAAGAGGGGCUGAAGCAACUAGCGGGGAAGACAUUGGGGCACGUGUACAAGGUGUUAGAAAAGCGGCAAAAACCUGGCGAGAACAUUGAACUGACCGAGGAUGGACGGCCUACCCAGAUCAAAGAGAAAAAGCCACCUUUGUGCGACUGCACGUGCUUUGGACUUCCGCGCCGCUACAUCAUCGCCAUAAUGAGCGGCCUCGGGUUCUGUAUCUCCUUCGGUAUUCGGUGCAACUUAGGCGUGGCCAUAGUGAGCAUGGUGAACAACAGCACCAUUCACCUGAACGGGAAGAUCAUCAUUAAAGAGAAGGCAAAAUUCAACUGGGACCCGGAAAUAGUUGGAAUGAUUCAUGGCUCAUUUUUCUGGGGUUAUAUUGUGACGCAAAUUCCCGGAGGAUACAUUUGUUCUAGAUUGGCGGCAAACAGGGUUUUUGGCGCAGCCAUUCUCCUCACAUCCACACUGAAUAUGUUCAUCCCCUCAGCUGCACGUGUUCACUAUGGUUGCGUCUUAUUCGUUAGGAUAUUACAAGGGCUUGUAGAGGGUGUGACCUACCCAGCCUGUCAUGGGAUCUGGAGCAAGUGGGCUCCUCCACUGGAAAGAAGCCGUCUAGCCACAACCUCCUUCUGUGGUUCCUAUGCUGGAGCUGUCAUUGCCAUGCCUUUAGCUGGGAUCUUGGUGCAGUACACUGGCUGGUCAUCUGUUUUCUAUGUCUAUGGCUGUGUUGGGAUUUUCUGGUAUAUGUUCUGGAUCCUUGUGUCAUAUGAGAGCCCAGCUGAACACCCCACCAUCACAACUGAAGAACGCUGCUACAUUGAGGAGAGUAUCGGCGAGAGCGCUAAGCUCAUAGGUCCUGCAGAAAAAUUCAAGACACCUUGGAGGAAGUUUUUCACAUCCAUGCCUGUCUAUGCAAUCAUUGUGGCCAACUUCUGCAGGAGUUGGACCUUUUACUUGCUGCUCAUCAGCCAGCCUGCAUACUUUGAGGAGGUGUUUGGGUUUGAGAUUAGCAAGGUUGGCAUGCUGUCAGCCUUGCCCCAUCUGGUGAUGACCAUUAUCGUGCCCAUUGGGGGACAGAUAGCCGAUUUCCUUCGUAGCAAGAACAUCCUGUCUACUACAACAGUUCGGAAGAUCAUGAACUGCGGAGGCUUUGGGAUGGAGGCCACUCUAUUGUUGGUGGUUGGUUACUCGCAUAGUAAAGGAGUGGCCAUUUCCUUUCUUGUGUUGGCUGUCGGCUUCAGUGGAUUUGCAAUAUCAGGUUUCAAUGUCAAUCAUUUGGACAUCGCUCCUCGCUAUGCCAGUAUCCUCAUGGGAAUCUCUAAUGGAGUGGGGACUCUGUCAGGAAUGGUGUGCCCUAUUAUUGUGGGAGCCAUGACCAAACACAAGACCCGAGAAGAGUGGCAGUAUGUGUUUCUUAUCGCUUCCAUGGUGCAUUAUGGCGGUGUAAUCUUCUAUGGCAUCUUCGCCUCGGGGGAGAAGCAGCCGUGGGCAGAUCCAGAGCAGACCAGUGAUGAAAAGUGUGGCUUCAUUGAUGAAGAUGAGCUGGCUGAGGAAACUGGAGACAUCACCCAAAGCUACGGUGCUCUGGGAGGUCCAGCCAAGACCUACGGUGCCACUACGCAGUUGAACGGUGGAUGGGCAGAAGGAUGGGAUAAACGAGAGGAAUAUGUACAGGAAGGUGUGGAGGAAGGGGGUUACAGAUACAGGCAGGGUGGGGAUUACUCCUAGACCUCGCAAAUAAACACUAUCACACAUACACACACACAUGAUGCACACAGCUUCACAGAAGCAUACGGUGGAACAAAAAAGUAUUUGGAUACACUUUGACACAAGUCACAACUAAAAGUGUAUAAAUUCCAUUGCAUUAAAUAAGAAAAUUUAAGUGUAGUCUGCAAAAAAACAAACAAACUGCAAUUUGUCUUUCUCUUUUUUUAAUUUAGUGGAUGUAUAAAGUGUCCGUUUGAAGUGUCCUCAUUUUGAAAUGAAAAAAUAUAUGUAUGUAGUGUGUGUAUAUAUAUGAUAUAUAUAUAUAUAUAUAUAUAUAUAUAUAUGAUAUAUCAUUAUAUAAUUUAAUAUAACAAACUUGCUUUUUUAAAAUGUUUAGUUAAAAUGUUUUUGUUAUCUAAUCUAAUGCAGUGACAUUUCUACAUUUUUAAGUGUAACUUAAGCGGCCAGAUACUUUUUGGAGCCACUGAACAAACAGCACAUAAAAAAUAUAUGCCCACACUGUAGACUUUGUAAUUUGUCUGUGAGUUUUGAAAAACAAAAGAUUAUCGAUUAACAUGUAAAAAAACUAAAAAUUGUUGUAUGUUUGCACAAAUUUAAAUGAUCAAAUCCUACAUUUAAAUAUUAAUUUCUCCUUUGUAUAAAGUCAAUUAUACAAAGGAGAUAUCCAAAUUGGCAGACUGUAAAUGUUCUAUGUAUUAAAACAGAGUAAUUUUAUUUCAAGUGCAAUCAUGUGUAAUAUUGUGAAACCAAGUUUUUCACCCCAUUAUUCUGAGCCUUUGCAACAUAGAGAAGCCUGUAGAGUUAGUCAGGCAACUGGCUUCCAGAACGAGGCUCAAACAAUGAACCUGUCUGGAGUCAUUCAUGGAGAAAUACUGCUGUAGAGAAUUCCAACCAAGCAACUGGUUUCCACUGUCUUUUUUCUGAUUGCACUGAGAGAGCUGUACAAUGUAAUUUAACAGCACAACAAAGCAAGUUUCUUUAUACCUCAUGAUGUGUUACUUGUCCAUGGUUUAAGUCAUGUUUUGAGAGAUUAAAGAGGACUUUGGUCUUUGACACUGCAGAGAAAAAAGCACAGUUUUUUUAGAUUAAAGCAACAAAAGUGUUUCUCAAGUGCAGCAGGUUGUUUCAAUCGUAUUCAUAAAUAUAUAUAUUUUUGGACGGUGCUGUUCAAUCUGGUCUUUGGUGUAACAGAUGAAACUUGGGAAGGGGUUCGAUUUUAGAUAAUUGGAACUGCAAGAGCUACAAAAAGCAAAAGCACAGUGUGUCAAGGCUACGGACUCUUUAAUUUACAUGCAAUUGUUUUAACUCCAUGCCAUUUUGACAUCUGUGAAUGUUAGUUAUGCAUGGGUCAAAACUGUUUUUGUCUUUACAACGUUUUUUUUUUUUACUAUAUUGUUUUACUUUACUAAUCUGUUACAUAUGUGUCAAUUUCUUUUGCACAAUUAACCAAAGGUAACCUGUAGUGAGGGAUUUUAGCUGGGAUGGGGUGGGGGGGGGUCCAUUAAGUAAAGAAGGAAGAACCUGUGAAAAGGGCUUGCAUAGUCCUAGCAGCAGGUAAUAAUCAUAUUCAAUGUACAAAGCAAUAAAUCUAUGGUAACAGUUACUUAGCAGUCACUCAUUCAAAAAUAUGUAACAUUAGCACAUUUAACUGUAAUCGUUUUGGUUUAAGUGUUUUUGUGAUGACAAUUAAAAAAAAGAGAAAAUAUUAAAUAACUACUUACUGUUAAAAAAAAUAGCUAUAUAUAUAUAUAUAUAUACAUGAAAAUAUAUUUAGAUUUAGCAAGAGUCCAGUGCAACUCUCUUUACUGUGAAGAGUUUAUGCACUGGACCCACUCACCAGAAGAGAAUGAUUCUUAAGUGCCGCCUGCAGCUGGUUCCUGUGUGAAACUCUUACCGGGGUCCUAAGCUCCGCAGGUGGCCGCACCUCUGUAGUCGUCCUGUAUGGUUGCCAGUGGUUGCUUUUUGAGAGUAUGUUGUUGUCGGGUAUCCUUUACGUUAAUCCUCUCUUUUUGUCCUUCCCCUUUGUUUCUGGUCUGUGUUUUGUCUGUGGCUAGAGAAGCGCUCCCUCGUCUCCCUCUUCCCGCUUUCCUCCUUGCAUUUUCCCACUUCUGUUGCAAUAUUCAGUGACACAAGGAUGGUGUGUAAAGGUAUUCAAAAAUCUUCAAAAAUGACAGUAAUUUGCCUGACGAUGUUGAAGUACCUUAUUCUUGUUUUCUGCUUAAGAGUGAAGUGUGAAUAUAUGGCUUCCUAUGCUGUGUUACUGUAAAUGGAGAGGUAUGUUGAUGUGAAAUUGAAAUGCUCUAUAUAGCCUUUUUUAUAUAUAAAAUUAUAACAAAAUGUA